AUGGGUUUGCUCCAGAAGCGCUCCCAGCGCUGGGUCUGUGCUCUGCAGCCGCCGGCCCGCACGCUGGAUGCCUGGGGCUUCCCCAACGGCUCUUUUGUUCAAAUACGAAAACCGCGACAGGCGCCAGGGCAGCCUGAGGGACCAGAGAAAAGCACGAGCCAGAUGGGGCGAAGCCUGGGGUGUGUGCUUACCCCUACCAAACCCGGGAGCCUCAUGCCUGCGUCUGUGGGAAGCCCGGCAGUGCUGCAGCAGGGACACCUCCCAGGCGACAGAGGAGGGGAGGGGGACACUCCAGCCACCACCUGGACGGUGCCCGCGAGCUCUGCCCGGGAGCAGGUGGGGCCUAGGCCCACCUCUCAAAUGUCCAGAGCACGGCAGGGCAGGGCAGCUGUGAGGGUGGGUGAUGUUCAGGGACACCUGGGGGCUAGACCUGCCAACAUCCACCAGCACAUAUGUGGUGGGGACGCGGCCUGGAGAGAGUUCUGCGUGUGUGUGUACGUGUGUGCAUGGGCGUGUGUCCCACACACAUACGUUGUCAGGGCGGGGGUGGAGGACCAGGUCCAACCCUUGGCUGGGAAGUCUGCCCAGGUCUAAGGUAGUCUGGAGUCUGGGGAGCCUGUUGGACACAGGGUCAGAACUGUGAGAACCCACAGGCUGGGGGCAGCUGCAGGGCCCAGAGCAGCCAGCCGGAGCCUGGGGGCCUGGGCAGAGGAGCUCCUGACUCUGGUGCUGGAGAAGGCCUUCCCCGCCGAGCUUGGGUGUGCCAGGUUUCUGCACCCUCGAAAGGCCAAAGGCUCACAGCGGAUGGCCAUCUGCGCUCCCCGGGGCAGGAGGGACGUCUGUGAUGCUCUGGGAGCCAAGGAAGGAGCCUUUCCCUCUGGACGAAGUGUGGCUUCGGGGAGCCAGGGUGCUCGAACGGCCCUCAUCUGGCCAGACUCCACUGAAGAAAUAAGAAGGCGCCUGAGGCCCAUGGCCCACGCGGGAGACUCAGGUGAGUGCAACGCUUGCUGCCCUCGGGCCCUGGGGGCAACUCCUGGAGGCCUCAGCAGCAGGGUGGUUGGCGUGGGAGCCCGGAAGGGAACAAGCUGCUUCCAGCCGUUAGCCGCCUCCAGAGCCAGACAGACGGCACGACACGAGAGGUUCACCGUGAGCCUCCUCGGAUCCCGCGCAGCCCGGGCCCCUGACCGUGGCAGGCCCUGCAGGAGAGGACUGGCAGGUCCCCGGGCAGGCAGCACCAGCUCCUGCAAGUGGCUGGCGAGUCCCACGGUUACCAAAGGGGCCCCGGGGGCGUGAGCCAGGCGGCGGUGGCCAUCGCGGGCCACCCACGGGUCUCCCACUCGCACGCGGACCUGGAGGCCUCAGCGCAGGCGCAUGUGCGGGGAUGCCCUCCGCCCCACGCCAGCCCACAGCGGCUCUCCCCCGAUGACGAGGUCGCUGCUCAGGAAAACACACAGAUCUGUCGAAGGAGGCCGCCGCCAGCACGGGUCCACGUCUAACAGGUCGCACUGUCUUCUCUCCCCUUCCGUUAUUGUGCGCUCACCAGACACGGCUUAGUGGCCGAAGGUCAUGACAUUACCUGCCCUCGAUGGGUUCGCGCACGAUGGUUUCUGCGGGGUCAGGCGGGCACCUCAUCUCUCGUUCCUGCUGAGGAUUCUCAGGAGGCCCGUGCCCAGGGUGGCCGGCGUGCUGGUGUGUAGAGGAGACAUGAGGACGCUGAGUCGCUCACCCCGGGUCCGGCCGGGAGCAGGGACAGAGAGCCCAGCCCCACGAUCUGCAGGUCAGCCACGUCCUGGGAUCCCCACCCAGGGGCAGGCCCCACACCUCCCUUGGCGCUGCUCCGUGGGGAUGCUGGGACCACCCCGCAGGCCAACACUCAGGGGCGGCUGAGGGCCCCUGCUCUUAGCCAGAGUUGUGGGCCCCCCCCUUGGCCCUCCGUCUGCCUCCCUGGCGAGAGGUAGUGCCGAACCCUUCUCACUAACCAGACAGCUGUAAGGGUGCCUUGGGAGGUAAGGAAUGCUCUGGGCUCUGCAGUGGGCUUUUGCUCAUUUAAAGGUGGCUGUGUGCCUCAUGUUUGCACCAGGAAACUCGGGGGCUGUCAGCAGGGGCGUGGCCUCAGCUGGGACCCGGCUUCUCAGUCCCUGGAUGGCCCAGCUGCCCUGAAGAGUGCGAGUCAGGCUCCUAAGUGCCGUGUCACCUGUGUGCCCAGACAGCAGAGGAGAACGAGCCCCCGGAGGUCCCCAGGGGCCAGGGAGGGCACAGGGGCUGUCCUGCAUCCUCGUGGCUGGGUUCCUAGAGGACAUGCCUCAGCCACAACAGCCCCUCCCAAGAGGAGCAAGGCCUGGGGGUGGUGCAGCGGGGGAGGUCGGCACCAUCCCCAGGGGCUCCGACCAGACAAGCCGACCAGCCCCUUCACGCCAUCCCUGAGCUCUGGGGAGCGGGCGGCCGUGCCUUCACCGAGUGCAGGCCUCAGGCGACUCUGCGGACCAUAAACCCCGCGCCGUGAAGGCGUUUGGGGCUCCGGGUCCCCUCAGUCCCCUUUGCCUCCAGUGUCACCUCAUCGGCACAUGGAGACUCAGCACCAGGACUCGUCCCGGGCCCUACAGGCCGCCGGCCAGCUUCCAUGACGCCCCCGCGCGUCCUGCACAGGAGGAAGGUGUCCAAGCGCUCCUCGCCGUGGCCUCCUGCCGGGAGGACAGCCUUAACUGCACACUCCGCGAAGCCCCGAAUCCCCCAGACACAGCCCAGCUGCUCUCCAGGGGCCUGUGGCUCCCCACCCCUCCUCUGUCCCUUGCUGACCACCUUUCUCUCUCGCACCCGCACUGUGGCUCCAAGAAGCUUCUCUGGCCUCUGUCCUGCUGAGCCCUUAACAGCCAAACAAAUAUUUGCGCAGGGUGGCGCUCAGGGUUAUGUAUUAAAUGGGCCUAAAGUCAGAAGAUCCGGUGGUGGCCCUAUAAGGGCCCGGGUGGCCAGGGGAGCACGGGGAUGACAGGCCCGUGGCCGUGCCUCAUCCUGGGCCUCCCUACCCAGACGGGAAGGCAGAGCUCCCUGGUGGGCCGCCCCCGCGUCAGGCAAAGGCCAGCAAAGGGCUGGGUAGAACGAGGCGGUAGGAGCCCCGGGGAAUGCGAGGUGCAUGGAAGGUCCUUAGUAGAGAUCGGCCAGAAUGUGGCAGCGUCCUGGAGGCAAGCAGCAUGCGGGGCGAGGAGCUCCCACGGCGUUUCCCACAGUGGCUGUAUCAGUUAUCUACUGCUCCAGGGCCAGGGACCCCACUUCUGUGGGAGGGAACGCCAGGCAUUUGUCCUCUCUUUCGGUGGCUCAGGGACCCAGAGCCGCUGACAGAGCAGAAGGCUGUCCCUGCCGUACAGGGCACCAGCCCAGAGCUUAGCCGGAGGCCCCCACGGGGCUGCCCACGAGGGCUGGUGUCCCCCAGGGAGGGCAGCCCUGGACAGAGCCCCGUGACCAGGUGUGGCCUUUUCAGAACCAGUCUGGAAAGUGUGGCUCUCUGAGUUCUGUGGCAUUGUGUGUGCCAGGACGCGAGUCCAGGGACAGGGAGGGAUGGGUGCCCAGGGGACAAGUACUUCACAGUGGGGUGCCUGUGGCUCUCGGAGUUGGCCGGCCACAGGGGCUUCGAUUUUGACCAGCCACUAGUCAGGGUUGCUGCCCGAUUGGUUUUGUCUGGUUUCGCUUUUUCCCUGGAAGCUUUCAGCCCAUUUAUAGGUUUGCUUGUUCGUGCGGACCGGUGGACUGUGGCUGGUUGCUGAAGAGCAGAACGUGGGAAGAGUCUGGAGAAGACGCACAUUUAAUUCAUACAAAUGCUUGGGUGCACAUGACGUUCAUGGGGACAGGCCUUCUCUCCAGAGACCCCAGAACGAACCUGCCUGCUGGGGUCCCUGGCCCCUGAGGUCCGACAGCGUCUUGUUCUACGGAAAUGUUGCCACGUGCUGUCCUUAGCCGGCCUUUUCAAGCAGCAAACCUAAUUUUCAUAAGAACAGCUCCGGGUCUGUGGUCAGUCACUCAGGUUGCUCUGCAGCACCCUGGACUUGGCCGUGAGUCUCCAACACAAGUCAGCAUCUGCUCUGACUUUGUGUCAACUUGGCUGUGCCACGAGGGGCCUCAGACACGUGGUCAAACAUUGCUCCCGGUGUUUCUGCGAGGGUGAUUCUGGAUGAGACGAGCCAAAUGAGUGAAGUGGGGUAAAGCAGGUGGUCUUCCCGGCGACGGUGGCCUCCGCCGGUCUCCUGCCUCUGCACUCAGCCUGGAGCGACACUGCAGCUUUCUGGGUCUCCGCCUCGCCACGUGCAGAUCUCAGGACUUCUCGGCCUCCACCAUCUGGUGAGCAAAUUCUUUACGACAUUUUUAUGUGUACGACCUACCAGUUCUGUUCCUCUGGAGGCCCCCGACCAAUAGUUUCUCAGUGCCCGGGGGACUCUGGGUCGCAUCUAGCUCAUCUGACGGAGCAGAGGGGAUGCCAGGUGGGCUUUCUCACCAUAGGAGUGCAGGGAUUCUCUCCCGCUCAUGCCGGCCCCCUGGGUCACAGGCGUGUGGGCUGCUGUACACUCGUGCAUCAGCUUCACAAACAGGCCCGGAAGCCGAUGAGGGUCCCUCUGCGGGGUGAGGGGAACCUUGUGACUCAGAAGAGUGGGGUCCCGAGGUCAUGAGAAGCCCCUCGGCAGGCUUUCCAGAGCAGAAAGACAGCCGCCCUGGAGAAGGAGCUGCCUUUGUUGAUAAUACAGGAAUGAGCAUGGGGGGAAGUGUGAUGGACCCGAGCUUGCCAGUUCUCCUCGGAGGUGCCAGUGAGGGUUUUGGGAGUGGGCGGGGGACCCAUGAUUUGGUGUUUUCCGAUGCCUGGGACGGAGGCGUGCGGACGCUGCAGGAGGGGUCCCUUCCUCUCCGCCAGGGGAGGGGCUGCUUCAGCACCAAGGUCAGGAGCAUUCCGACAUCCUUCCAAGGGGAGGGACCUACCUUCAGGCCCUGAGAACCUACAUUUUGGCACCUCACUGAGAAAGGGCCCAGGUUCUGGGCUGCACGUCAGAAUGGCCCAGGGCAGUGGUUCCGGCUGGCUGCCCCCCGGACAGGGACGCCACCUGCAGGCCGGCUUGAGAAUGUGUCAGCCGCCGAGGAGGGGGCCAUCAGGUCCCCCAGGCCAUCCCAUGGCCCAAGUGUGAAGCUGGCCAGCCCACAGGGAGGUAGGGGGUCCCAAUCCAGCCCCGCAGCAGGUGACCGGGCAGGGCCUCGCAGACCGAGAGUUGAGGUCACCGGGGCAGUCUCCUGCAAUGUGCCCAGGCCCCAGCUGGGGGGUGGCCUAGCCCUUGGUCAUAGUCCAUCGCGGAGGUGGGACACGUGCUACAGAGGUUUGCUAAUAACAAACAGGAUUACUCGCUUCCCUGCAAGGCUGGUUUCUUGUUCAUAGAACAUUCCAGCAAGGCUGAAAUGCUCUUUGACUUUCAGCAGCAAGCAGGGAGCCUUUGGGGCCCACGGGCUCAGCGCGGCAGGCCGUGCCCAUGAAGCAGCGCCCUCCAGGCCGCAGCCCCACCUAGGCCUGUGGCUGACUCAAGGCCUUUUUUUUGUACUUUGUCAGGUGACAGGUGUUCGCUCUGUGUCCUUGUAGUCCCUGGCUCCCCGGGGUGCUGUGUGCUGGCUUCCCGCGGCAGGUGCCAGGCCUGCUGGUGGUCACAGGGGAGCACACAGGGGCAGUCCGGCAGGUGGGGGUCCCGAGCCUGCCCCGUCCCUGAGCAGCUGUGUGGCAGCUAGAGCGCCUUCCCCCUUCCCAGGACCCGCAGAGGACACUCUCAGGGAAGCUGAGGAGUCGGGGGUGGGGGGUGGGGGCAGUGCGGGGGGUGGGGCAGGCCAGCUCCCACCUGCCAGGGGCAGGAGCCUUCCCAAAGCGGCAUCAGAAGGGCCUUGGGUGGGGAGCUGGCUGCUGUGCUCGGGCCCCUCUGAGACAAUCCCGGCCCGAGAGAGUGUGCAAGGCUGGGGCUCUGUCGGCAGCUCACCGAGGGUCUCCCCUCUUUCAGAAGCUCCAGGCCCCCUUUGUCUGAACAGCCCUGUUACAGGAAAAAGCUGAGCCUACACGAUGUCCCUUGGUGUCAGGGGACAGGACAAAAAGCAAAGACCCGGAGGGUAGAUAUGGAGUUCCCUGCCAGCCACGCAGGUUCCCCUAACGGCCCCAUCUUCCUGAAGCCCUGCUGCUGCGUGCUGUGGAGACCCUGCCCCAUCCCUGGAGGUGGCUCCAGGACACAGCUUAGAGCCAACACCCGCAGGGUGGGCGUGACUAGCCCACUAAGGACUCCACGGGACUUGCAAGGUUUGCUGCGGGGGUGGGGGGUGUCCAUUCGCCUCGGCACUGCCCAGGGCCAGCCUCCUGUGUAAGUUCCCUUGUUUAUUAAACCUGCCGCCCACCAGCCUGGAGCGUCCUGCCCCUUUCUUCUGCCUCUCCCGCCCUCCACAUUUGGGGCGGUUUCAGAUUUCAGCAGGGAGGCCACCCGCCACCACUGGGGAGGGACACAGGCACUUGUUUAUUCUGCCGUUUUAUCCCUCGUGUGGUCCCUGGGACCACCCUGCCAUCAGGAUACGGGCUGCUCCGCCCCACAGAGACCCGCCUUGCUGCCCCUUCUCGCCCCCCCAUCCCUCCCCUCUGCGAACCACUCGGCGGUUCUCCACCUCCGUAAUUCUGUCAUUUGAAGAUUAUUAGGUAAGUGGAAUCACAGCAUAUUGGACUGGAUUUUCGAGAUUGGAUUUUUCCCCCAGCAAAUGCCCGUGAGACCCACCCAAGCUGUAUUCAACUUAAUAUACGUUAUUCCAAAGUGUCUCUUAACGUUUCCAAUACUACCUAAGUCUAGUCGGGUUUCACUUUGUGACACCAAAUGUAAGACGUUUCCUCUUGGGAACGGUGAUUCAGUGGCCAAGCUGGCCCUCUCACUGGCUGAGUUCUCUUCUGUAUCACAAACGUAAACGGGCC